AUCCCCAACAACCAACAACAAACUACCUUUAAGGCAUAUUCAUCUAGGUGUCGUAAGGGUACUAAUGUAAUUUCACUUAAUCUGGUUCAGCCUCCAUUACAUAAAAAACUUUGCUUUUUGAGUUCAUGUGCAUGUGGAGAAUUGACAACCUUAAAAAGCUGUUAAAGGGCAAUAACCAGUUAAAGUUUCAACCUUUCUCUAUUUUUUUUUUUACAUUUAAUAAUUUAACAGGCCAAAAGAUAUUAAACAGAUUCUUCAAUGAAGGCAAGAAGAAGAAGAAGAAUCUAAAGAUAAAAUGAAUUUUGAUUAGAUCAGGUUAGCAAAUUGGCAAAGAAUUGAAAUUUGAAAGAUAAAAAAAUUUGUAGAUAUGACCACAGAGACCAAAGCCAAUUUAGUUAAGGUCAAGACCAGUGGUCAAGAUGGUUCUUCAAAGGGAAAGUUUGAUGCUGCUGUGAACAGGAAGAAGAUUGAAGGCUCCAGCAAACAGCCUGUUGAUUCCAAGCAAAAAUCUGUGUCAACUGUUAUAACAAAAACAGAGGUAAAAUCGAAAACAAGUUCAAGUUCAUCAAAAACCACUACAACCACAAAAACUAAAGUUAGAGAGAAGAAGGUUUAUACUUUGCCUGGCCAGAAACAUGAUCCUCCUGAAGAGAGAGAGCCGUUACGAAUAUUUUAUGAGUCUUUGUCGAAACAGAUACCAACAAGUGAAAUGGCAGAAUUUUGGAUGAUGGAACAUGGCUUGUUGUCCCCUGAAAAAGCUAGAAAAGCAUAUGAAAAGAAGCAGAGAAGGCUGAAGCAACUUCGGACUGGCACUCCAAUUAAAUCUUCAAAACCAAGUCGCAAACCUGAGAGUUCACAGAAGCAGCAGCUGGCCUCAAAGAAUGGAGAUGUAAAAGCCAAGAAAAGAAUCAACAAUGAUACUGAUGAUGAUGAUGACUUCAUUUUAAGUCCCAAGAGAAGGAAAGGGUAAGAGAAAAGCUCUCCAAUGUCUGUAGUGCUGUAUUUCUAGGAAUAAUUUCAUUUAAAUUCCUUUCACAAUUAUCUGCAAAAGACUGGCGUUGUGAAAAUACUAAAAAUAAUAGAGUAAGACAUUCUUUAUGUUUUACAACUUAUGGGAAUAAUAAGAAAAGACAAGUUCCUUACUUGUUUGGUGCAUGCUUUUAUGUUUCAUGAUGUGAAGAUCUGAAUUUAUGUGGCUGUCAUGCUCAAGGAAAUAAAGGCAUCAAAUUAUGCUUGCAAUUCACUGUAAUUAGCAAUUUUUAGAUGUUUUGAGUUUGUUUUUGUUUUUUUAGGACACAUUUUCGUUGCAGAACUCACUUUUCUAAAUCAGACAGUACUGAGUUUAGCCAUAGCUGUGAUCCUGAUCAAGAAACCUCCCCCUUAGGUGCUAGCCAUUUAAUCAGCAAUAGUAAGAAAACAAGCUUUAUGGUGGCACUGAUCCUUGUAUGCAUGUAAGCAUAAAUAUCCUGUUCAUUGUUCUUUGUAAAACUAUUGUUGCAAGAUGAGGGAUUGUUACAUGACAAUUCGGUUGGAUUUUCUUCUAUGGGAAAAGAUCCUUUCCUCUGCUAAAAAGUAGCGGACAUGUCUACUACUUUCACCAUAGAUUGACACGUGUACUUUUUAAAAAAUGUAAUAUGAAAAUUUGUGCACAUCAUCUUCAUUAAUCUUCAUCCCUUAUUCCAUUCCCUUCCCACACAUCAGAAAGGUCAGGAACAUAUAAAUGGUAUGAUGAUUUUUGUAGAUUAAUUGAGGUUUAGUUUCUGGAAAAGGCUUCUGGAAACAUUGUCUAAUUGUUAGCUAGGCAAUCGCAGUGGAUAAAUAAAAUGUGGUUCAUCUAAUUAGUUAGAGAUUUAAGUAGAAUGACCAAUAAUAAAUUGGACAUGAUUAACAUAUCUUUGAUAAGUAGAGGACAGAUGACUAGACUAAAUUUUGACAAUAGGAUAAAACUAUUGAAAACGAUUGGAGUGCAAAGUCCCUAUUCCAUGCAUUUCUGGCAAUGUGUUUGUUGAGGAUCAUCAUCUGCCUUAAAUUCACUCAGCAGCAGAUAGCAAUCGUAUUCCUACAAAAGAAAAAACUGAAGACCAUCAGAGACAGCAUUAUGGAGCUCGUCGAGAGAACACCGAGUUUCUUAAUGCCACACUGGCAUACAAUCACAUGGAUAGAACAUGAAAACUUAAGAGUAAUGAUGAUUAUAAAUGAAGAAAGAUCUUGAUCAGGUCCCACGCUUGCCAUAUUUGUGAGGAAUGUGUAGAUUUUAAGCCGCAUGUCCUCUUUGUAUGGGCUGUGUGUAUUUAUAAACAACAGCCUGCACUAGUCUGCUUGCACAUGAGCGGCUUGUGAAUUAACAUAUUGGUUUGAUAUCAAGAUUACCAAAGAGAAAUAGUUGAUUUCGGUUAUUCAGGCCCCACUUAUUAUUCAUGUAAUUAAUGAAUGGAACAAAGUUGUAACCUGAAU